GACUGGAGGGAGCCGCUGAGCGCUGAAUCUGCUGCCUGCUGCUUCAUGUCGAUGAAGCUUUGCACAGACACAACCUGCCGCUGAAUCACUGUCGGGACUUUUUUUUUGUUUCAGUGUGUGAACAGCGUCGUGUCUGUAUAAUGUCGCCGCUGAGGACGCGCAGCUGAAUGUGAAUCUAGAGGAUCCAGCCGGUAGUUAGAGAGGAGGUGAACGCACCUUGCAUCCAGCCAUGGGAGGUCAGAUCACCAGGAAUACCUUCUACGAUUCUCUGAACGGGCCAUUUCCCACCACGUCUCACAGAUGCCACCACAAGCCCAAACGAUGCCUGCCCAUUCAGCCGUGUGGAAGUUUGUCCUCUUUCCCUCUGCUCUUCCACCCCAGCACCAAGGGCUCGCAGAUUGUCAUGGACAUGUCCCAGAGGACCGUCAAGAGACAGGCCAGCUUCUGUAACGCCAUCACCUUCAGCAACCGACCGACCGCUGUGUAUGAGCAAGUUCGACUGAAGAUCACUAAAAAGCAGUGUUGCUGGAGCGGCGCUCUGCGUCUCGGUUUCACAUCCAAAGACCCGUCGAGGAUCAACCCAGACACCUUGCCCAAGUACGCCUGCCCCGACCUGGUCUCCCAGAGCGGCUUCUGGGCAAAAGCCCUGCCCGAGGAGCUCUCCAACGAGGGAAAUGUCAUCGCGUUCUGGGUGGACAAGAAAGGCCGGGUGUUUUACCGCAUCAACGACUCCAGCCCGAUGCUGUUCUUCAGUGGGGUGCAGGUCUCUGAGCCUCUGUGGGCUCUCAUAGACGUCUAUGGCCUCACCAGGGGGGUCCAGCUGCUAGCUUAUAGAUACGGAUGCAACAGAGAUACAACCGGCAGAACGGCACAAAUCAAUAAAGAGAUGGUGUGUAAAUGCUGA